AUGUCGGAUAACAACGCCCAUCCCGGGGUUCGCAGCCUGCUGGCCAAGUUUGAGAACAGCCCGAGCUCUGUCACGUCGCCGCCUUCGCGUGGAAGAUCACCCGUUAGCUCCGAUACCCCCGGAUCGUCCCGCCAGCUUUCGAAAGUCCGCGCCAGCUUCGUGACAGUUGACGGUGUGGUUCAAUCAAACCCAGGCUCGCCACUACGAAAGACAAGUGGACGGAGUGAUAGCUCAGGAAUGUUCGGACCAAAGAUUAAUGAGCAGGAGGUGGAGGCACGCCGGCAAAGCGUGGCAUCCCCCACACCUGGCAGUCUAAAUGAUGGUCAGAAAGGUGUGCUUGAUCAAUUGGUCAGCCCCAUCAUGCCAGACCCAACCUUGGUUGGGACAGCACAGUCAAAGACUGUACCUGCUGUCGACAAUAAGGCUCCCGCAAAGGAGCCAUUGCCCGUGAAGACAGAGAUGAGUGCCGCCGCACCUGCCUCAACAUCUGCACCCACAGUCGCACCUGCCAGUGGAACUUCGGAACAACCAGCUCAAAAGAUAGUCACAAAACGUCCGUCGACUAUCGGUGCCACACGAAACAGCGCCCCAGCUACUAAGCCUACAUCUUCCGUGGCCUCAACGGCCAAACAGCCUGCCAACACCACAACAAAACCCGCAACCUCCCGGGAAAUCGCAAAGGAACGUGCCAAUACCCUUGCUAAUAAACCGAGCCGGGCUUCCUUGAACCCUGCAGCGAAGCCCUUGUCUCGAACCGUUCGGGGCUCAACACCAUCACAGGAGCCUUUGAGAACAUCUCCCCCGAACAGCGCCAAGUCUCGUACACGAUCGCCCACUAGGCCCGUUCGCCUGCCAGCUUCCAUGACUGCUCCAACGCAAGCAUCUGCUGCGAGGCUGGGUAGUGCGGCCCCUCCUACUGGGCGAACCACCAAUACCGCCUCAACACUCACGAGGAAGCCAUCUUCUCUCAAGAGUGCUGCUGGAGCAGGCCAGACACGGCCUACUGCGGGCACCACAGCCGGUGUGCGCAGGCAACCAUCUCGAUCCUCUCUUCCCCCUCAGCCUGCCCAAGAGAGGCCUAGCUCGCGUACCAGUGAUGCCGGCCCCAAGCCAGCCAAUGAAGGAUUCCUGGCUAGAAUGAUGCGCCCAACGGCCAGUUCAGCCAGUAAGACCCAUGAUCGAACUGAACCUAAAGCUCCCCAGAAGAGCACCACAACCAAGCCUCCACGAGCAUCGAUGGGACGGGCGCCUGAGCGCAGUGCGCAACAGCCCAAGGCCAAACCUGCGGCUCUCCGUCCCCAGACUGAAAAGUCCCAGGUAGCCAACAAGGAACCUCUUCCGAAGAAAGAGAAGGAGGAAGUCAAGAUCCCUCAGCUUGCGCCAGAAAGUGAAAAGGAGAAUGUCGAAGAAUCCACUCCUGUAAUUCCGGAGGAGCCCGAGGUCAUGGAAUCCAGGGACGCUGGUAUCGAAUCCCCCAAAGUUGAGGCCACAGCCACCGCAACUCAGGAUCGCAAGUUUGCCGAAGAAUCCAAGCAAAAUGUUGACUCUGAGCCCAUUGUGGAACCUGUCAGCGAGCCAAUUGAACCCACCACUGUGGAGUCUUCCACAGAGACUCCCCUUGAGCAUGCCCUUGAGAUAGAUGCCAAGGAAGCUAUAGAGACUCCCAUUGAGGCUCCUGCCGAGGUUGAGUCAAAGGAUGCCCAAGCGCCGGUGCAGGUUAGUGUUGAAGAACCUGCUGAGGUGCAAACGGAGUCUCCUGCCCCCGUCUUCCAGACUCCUGCCGAUUCCACCCCUGCAACUGAGCUUGCUGCCGUUGAAGAGGAUAUCGCCCCUGAAGUCUCCAAGGCAGCUGAAAACCCCGCCGAUGUCUCCAACGAUAAGGCCAUUGGACCUGCUGAAGAUGUCACCGUCGCUGAGCCUUCCACCAAGUCGGAGGAUGGGCCUACCGUUUCUGCUGAAAAGCCUGCGGCCGAGGCCAAGCAGAAUGUUGAUGACAUCGACUUGGUCAGCCUUGCACUCAACUAA